UCAUAAAAGAUAACUUUUCAGUUAGCUGAUUAGCUGUUAUCGAAGCUGCCUUUUUGGUUAGCUGUGCCCACCACUGCUUGUGGGCUAGUUAAAGUUUCUGAUUCACUGACAGUGCAAGUCUUUGGAAUUGGGAGGAGGGAACCCACAAAAACACGAGAGCAACAUGAAAACUUCACACAGAAAAGACCAGGUGGGCAGCGAACCUGGGACCUUCAUAUUGUGAAGCAACAGUACCAACCGCUGUGCCAUGAAGACAUCAGGAUAUUAUUAUUUUCCUUUACACUCAUGUUUAAAUGGUUUCAGAUCACAAUAUCAUUGUGGAAAGGUUCAUUGAAAUCUUUAGACGGUUUUUGGAGGUCAAUGGCCAUAAGGUUUCUCUCAUUCAAGCCGUUUUUAUUUAUUUAUUUUUAACACAUUCUGUUUGUCAACAUGUGUAAAUGGAGUUGUCUCUCAUGCACAGACGUUAUCCACAUGAAUGGCACUUCAUUGACUUUUUUUUAAUACUUGUGUGUUUUCAAUAUUUACAGGAACUUCUUUUUACUUCAGCUUGUGGUCGCCUCCCCGUCUGGUACCUGAUCUCAUGCUCCUAUCAGGACAGGAAGUGUGCAUCUCAAACACGCCUUCAGUAUUUAGCUGCUAAGGCUAACCUGUAAACACCUUGCCCCAACAGCAGGUGGCACACGGUGUCAUACUGCCCUCUUGUGACUGAAAUAAUGAUAAAAGAUUUUAUUGGCAUUUUAUUGAAUGUGGCUUGCACUGUGACAUUACUUCCAGUGGGUGGCACUGCUUGUUUAGUGUCAUUAUGAUUGUUCUGGUUCUGACACUGAUGCACUGAUUCCUACUUUCAGGUUUAAAGGGUCUUAAAGCUUGUCCCUUUGUUGGCUGUGUUUUUGAUCGGUGCGGGCCGCACUGUGCUGACUGACACGUGUUGGACUAUGACAGGAUGGGUGACAUAGCGGACGAUGAGGCGAGCUUCUACUCCAAUGCAGAGGACUAUUGGAGAGAGGUUCCGCCCACGGUGGAUGGCAUGCUGGGAGGCUACGGCAGCAUUUCCAACAUCGAUAUCAAUGGAUCCAAGGCUUUCCUCAAGAAGUUCCUGGGUGAUGGCGAGGGGAAGACGGGAACAGGCUGCGCCCUGGACUGUGGGGCUGGCAUUGGGAGGAUCACCAAGCGCCUGCUGCUCCCUCUGUUCAGGAUUGUGGACCUGGUGGACGUCACACAGGAGUUCCUGGACAAAGCCGCGGUGUAUCUGGGUGAAGACAGCAAGCGAGUGGGGAAUUUCUUCUGUAGUGGUCUGCAGGAGUUUGUACCUGACUGUGGGCGCUACAAUGUCAUCUGGAUCCAGUGGGUCAUUGGCCACCUGACAGACACUCACCUGGUCGAGUUUCUGCAACGCUGCCAAAAGGCCCUGAAGCCCAACGGCCUCAUCGUCAUCAAGGACAACGUGUCCUACGAGGGUGUGGUCCCCGACGAGGUGGACAGCAGCGUGUGCCGUGACCUGGAGAUCGUUCGCAGCCUGGUGAGCAGGGCAGGACUGCGCAUCAUCCACGAGGAGCAGCAGAUGAACUUCCCAAAGGAGAUCUACCAGGUGCACACGCUGGCCCUCAGGUAGAGACCUGCAGGAGCAGGAUGUGCUUCCUCAACAACAACAACAACAAAACGGUCAUCAUCACUGCACUGAGGUUUUCUGACCCUCGCCUGCUGUAGGGUGUGUUUAUAGAGUGAUGGGAGGAGCCAGUGCGGCUCGUUGGACCAGUUUAUUCCAGAAAACUAAACGAGCAGCAGCGUCCUCCUGGAAGUGUGCCAGGAGCUGCUUCUGUCCCACAACAGACCCUGGAGGAGAAACGGUCAAGUCAGACCUACACUGAGCACAUUGUCAUGACAACAGGAGCUCCACGGUUUCCUGUCGUGCUCCAGGAAACCAAAGCUGAGUUCUGCUGUGAAAGUUCUUCACAAUAAAACCAUUUUAAUGUGACACAUGUCAUUAUGUCAAAAAUAAAAGCGAGGUGGUCAGGUGGGGACUCGUUAUACGUCCUUGUCGCAUGAGGAUGGAUGUUCUUCAGGUUCAUUUGAUUGGGUCUGGGAAGAUGUGCCGGGUGCUUUAGACCACAGUACACAACCACCGUGGGUCCUGGAUGGUAACCACCCAGA